CGUACAUCGAAUUGCUCUUUGUCUAGCGGCCGUCAUCUAUCAACGUGUAUUUCAAACACAGCCCAGCCCAGGAAGUCUGUUGCAUGCCCGUCGCCUUCUACGGAGCACCAGCCAAGAAGCGGAGCGCCAAAGUCUGGUGUCUUGAGGUGCGAGCUACCCUCCUCUUCGAGCUGUACAAGCUGAGCGUCUUUCCGCCCGACGUCGCCGACCCAGUCUUCAACGCCAAAUCCCUGCCGUACCCGCGACCACUGUCACAAAGGUCCGUUUGCCGAGCCGCAUCCCUUUGACGAUGUCGUGGCGCCACAGUCCCUCAACAAGUUGCCGGUCCCGACGUAUGUCUUCUUCCUGCCCUCUCCUGCCCCCCGUGUUCUCUGGCCUUGCUCUCCUCCCGCUCUAUU